AUGUUAUUCAAGUCGACGUCACAAGCAAAACUAUCUUUUGCGCGCCCUAUCAAGCACCCCACAGCAACUAUGCACGAUGACCGCACCGCUGAGCUCGAGAAGGGCAGUCCAACCUCUUCAAGACCAUCGAGUCCAGCGGAGCCCAAGCCUCAAGCAUCUGGCCCACCAGCAGCACCUGAAGGAGGCACAAAAGCCUACCUAUCGCUACUCGGAGGCUCCUUGGGUCUUUUUAUCUCAUUUGGAUGGGUCAAUUGCAUUGGUCUGUUCCAAGCUGAAUAUGAGACCAACCAGUUGAAGACCUAUAGCAGCUCGGAGGUGUCCUGGAUCACAUCGUCCGAAUGUGAGAGCUUUCUUCCCCAACCGGCCGUGAAACAACAAGCUCAUUUCAAUCUAGUUUUCUUCAUGCUGUUCAUGUCACCGUUGUCUGGAUAUCUAUUCGACAACUAUGGACCACGAUUGCCGAUCUGUAUCGGUGGAUUGAUGCAUGUGUUUGGCCUCAUGAUGACCAGCUUGUCAAGCAAAUACUACCAAUUCUACUUGGCACAGUCGAUUUGCUCAGGGACCGGCACAUCGCUCAUUUUCACUCCGGCAAUGACUUCGCCUAUGACUUACUUCGGAAAGCGCCGCGCUUUGGCAGGAGGAUUGACCGUUGCAGGCUCGAGUCUGGGUGGUGUAAUCUUUCCCCUCAUGGUCAACAACCUCCUUUCGGAGGUCGGCUUUGCAUGGACGAUGCGAAUCUGUGCUUUCUUGAUCCUUGGCCUCUGGGCUAUUUCCAUGCUCACCAUCUCCUCCAACUUGCCUCACACUCGCAAGGAGUUCAACCUUGCGAACUACCUUCGGCCUUUCACGGAAUUCAACUUCUUGAUCUUGUUGACGUUCUGCUUUUUCCUUUACUGGGGAUUGUUUGUCCCUUUCGACUACCUUGUCCUGUCUGCUAUACAUAACGGAAUGUCAAUGACUAUGGCCUACAAUCUGAUUCCCAUCAUGAACGGAGCGAGCUUUUUUGGACGUACGAUUCCCAAUGGCCUUGCCGACAAAUACGGCCGUUUCAAUGUGCUUAUUAUAAUGCUCCUUUUCACUGGUGUCAUCACUCUGGCCUUGUGGUUGCCUGGUCGCAGUAACGCGGCCAACAUUAUCUUCGCCGCUUUGUUUGGUAUCGGAUCUGGCACCGCCAUUGGCUUGACACCGCCCCUUGUGAUGACUCUCUAUCCACCUCAGGAGAUCGGGUUUCGAAUCGGGUUGGCUCUUGCUAUCGCAGGCAUUGGUGCCCUUACGAGCCCUCCGAUUGCUGGUGCAAUUGCAGGGACAGAUGGAGGCUCUUUCCGCUUUGCGGCUUUGUUCAGUGGCGUGAACUUCAUGGUCGCGACAAUCCUUUUGGUGUGGCUGAGGGGUAGAGUUUCUGGUUGGAAUGCCCUCACAAAAGCUUGA